CGGGCGAGGCCGCCGCUCCGGGUACACCGCGGAGGGGUUCCCAUUGCUUCGGCCUCGGCUGCACCAGGACCGACCGGUGGGCUAGGGCCCGGAGGAUCGGGAAGGAGUGGCAAGCCACGCGCGCGAGCCCCAGGACCGCUGGCGCCGGCGCCCGCAGCGCCCACUCAGGCCGCCCCGCGGCAGGGAAACGCGGCCGGGAGGGGCUGGUGGGAGCCGCAACCGGCAGAAGGAGGCUGCCGCGAUCGGCGCGCUGGCGCUGGGGCCACGCCCAGAAGUUAUACUUUAACUUCCUGGUUGGUUUCCCUUUGCAGGGAAGCAUGAGCCAUAGUGAAAGGGAUCAGCCAUUUGAAAAGAAGCCUGUGUGCCACCAGGAUGCCUAUGAAGUGGAUUUCAGUUCUGCUGCUGCUACAGCUGAGUGGUCACUUCAGCCCUGGGAGUUGUGGAAAAGUGCUGGUGUGGCCCACAGAAUACAGCCACUGGAUCAACAUGAAGACCAUCCUGGAUGCACUGGUCCAGAGAGGUCAUGAAGUGACUGUUCUGACAUCUUCAGCUUCAAUUCUUGUUGAUCCCAAUAAACCGUCUGCUAUCCAAUUUGAGAUUUUUCCUACAUCUGUAACAAAAGAUGAUUUUGAGGAUAUUCUCAUGCGGCUGACCUCUAAGUGGACAUAUAUGCCAAAAUAUACAUUUUGGACUUAUUAUUCACAAAUUCAAGAUAACAUUUGGGAAUAUUUUGAUUGUAUUCAAAAGCUCUGUAAAGAUGCUGUUUUGAACAAGAAAGUUAUGAGAAAACUACAGGAAUCAAGGUUUGAUGUCAUUCUUGCAGAUCCUGCUGGACCCUGUGGUGAGCUGCUGGCUGAGCUACUUAAAAUACCUUUUGUGUACACUCUCCGCUUCUUUUUUGGCUAUACAAUUGAAAAGUACAGUGGAGGACUUCCAUUCCCUCCAUCCUACGUACCUAUUGUCUUAUCAGAAUUAAGUGAUCAAAUGACAUUCAUGGAGAGGGUAAAAAAUAUGAUGUAUGUGCUUUAUUUUGAUUUCUGGUUCCAAGCAUUUAGUGAGAAGUGGGAUCAACUUUACAGCGAAGCACUAGGAAGACCCACUACAUUAUUCGAGUUAAUGAGAAAAGCAGAUAUAUGGUUUAUUCGAACCUAUUGGGAUUUUGAGUUUCCUCGCCCACUCUUGCCACAUUUUCAAUUUGUUGGAGGUCUCCACUGCAAACCUGCUAAGCCUCUGCCUAAGGAAAUGGAAGAGUUUGUCCAGAGCUCUGGAGAAAAUGGUAUCGUGGUGUUUUCCCUGGGGUCGAUGGUGACUAACAUGACCGAAGAAAGAGCCAAUGUGAUUGCAUCAGCCCUUGCCCGGGUUCCUCAAAAGGUUAUAUGGAGAUAUGAUGGCAAAAAACCAGAUACCUUAGGGCCAAACACCCGGCUCUAUAAAUGGAUCCCCCAGAAUGACCUUCUUGGUCAUCCAAAAACCAAAGCCUUUGUAACUCAUGGUGGAACCAAUGGCAUCUAUGAGGCAAUCUACCAUGGGAUCCCUAUGGUGGGCCUUCCUAUGUUUGCGGAUCAACCUGAUAACAUUGCUCACAUGAAGACCAAGGGAGCAGCUAUCAGAUUGGACUUCAACACUAUUUCAAGUACAGAUUUUCUCAAUGCAUUGAAGACUGUCAUUAAUGACCCUUCAUAUAAGGAGAACACUAUGAAGUUAUCAAGAAUUCAUCACGACCAGCCUAUGAAACCUCUAGAUCGAGCAGUCUUCUGGAUCGAGUUUGUCAUGCGCCACAAAGGAGCCAAACAUCUUCGGCCAGCCGCCCUUGACCUCACCUGGUUCCAGUACCACUCUUUGGAUGUAAUUGGGUUCCUGCUGGCGUGUAUGGCAACUGCUACAUUUGUCAUCGCAAAAUGUGUUCUGUUUUGUUGCCGGAAGUGUUUUAAAACAGGAAAGAAGAAAAAAAGAGAGUAGUGUUAUUGCGGAGGCCUAAAGCUGAUAUGCCUCGUAGAUAGGACUCCUCCACUUCAUUCCAGCAGGAAGUUGCGAUGUAAGGGUUCACUAUCUCCUGUGACGACCUUACUUUUCACAAUUUAGCUUCUCAGAUCCAAAUUUGUUUUCAAGUGACUAUCUGGUUAAGAGUUAUAAAUAUGUCAUGCCAAAAAUAAAAACUUAUAAAAAGUAAACCAAAAAUAAAGCAAUAUGAAUAUAUUUUUAAAUUUGUUAUUCUAAUUGCAAAGUUAUACCAAAAUAUUAGCUUAAUUAUGUUUCAAAUAUUACACAUGAACACAAGAACAUUAAGUAGUCUAUUCACAUAUUAAUAUUAUUUUGCAAAUACUCAGAAUAUUUUAAUAUUAUUUGGGUGCAAAAAUCUGUGGUUUUAUCUUUUGCUAAACAAAACUAUUCAAAAUUUAGAAUUGUGCAAAAUAAUUCAUCCUUCUAUUUCAUUUUGGGAGACCACCAAUGCUCCUUUGUUUUACUGUACAUCCAGCCUCAGCAUCACUUCUUACCUACGGACAUGGAAGUCAUUUGCUUUCAUCAGGUAAGUUAAUUUAUCAUCAAAACUUAUAUGGAUUGAAAAAUAUGACAACAGCUAAUUGCUUCCUAUUGUACACUGAGCUAUAUAUGAAAGACUUUGGUUUCAGUAGCUAAUUCUAUUUACCUCACUGCCCCCUAAAAAGAUUCACCAGGUUUUUUCACUCUUGUUUUAGUCUUUGAUAAUGGGUAUAUGCCUCCAAUUAUAACUUUGAUAAUGUAGAAUCCAUACUCUAAAGGGACUUACUGAAUUUUCAUUCCCUCCAAAUAUAUGUGUACAUAUAUAUGCCCACAUCUUGUAAAACAAGGCACAGAAUCACUUAGCUACUUACAGACACAGUGAACAAUUCAAUGUGUUUGUUGAAGGCA